UAUAAAAUGGGAGGAUUGAACACUGGUUAUCUCAGCACCAAUAGAGGGAUUAUUAAAGUUCUUCAGAUAAUUUGUGGUUUCAUAACUUGUGGACUUCUCUGUGCAAAUAUUUGGGGAGGACGUUCCUGCUUUUAUGAUGGACGUGUUGGAUUUGCCAGUUCUCUUAAUUUUGUCAUAGUUGUCAUUAACGUUGUCCUUUUCUUUUUGAAUCUCUUAAAUGCCACAAUUUAUCGAAUGGAACGUCUUUAUUCGGUUAUUGGGGUCAUUUUGUUUAUUAUUGCUUUUGGAAUAAUGAUUUGGUAUUUAAUUGAAUAUGAAAUUGGCCGUAAUCAACUUAUUGGUGCAACGGUCCUAAUUGGAGUUCAAAUGGUUCUUUUCAUUUGGGAUUACCAAAUUCUUCAUGGUCAGGCCUUCAAUUAA